UGCCACACUCUGCUCUACGUCUACAAUCUACCAGCAAAUAAAGACGGCAAGAGCAUCAGCAACAGGCUCAGACGCCUGUCUGAUAACUGUGGUGGAAAAGUGCUGAGUAUCACGGGCUGCAGUGCAAUUCUCCGCUUCAUAAACCAAGACAGUGCAGAACGGGCUCAGAAGCGAAUGGAAAAUGAAGAUGUCUUUGGUAAUAGGAUCAUCGUGUCAUUUACUCCAAAAAAUAGAGAACUCUGUGAAACAAAGAGUUCAAGUGCAAUUGCUGAUAAAGUGAAGUCCCCCAAAAAACUUAAGAAUUCAAAACUGUGCCUCAUCAAAGAUACAAAUGAACAAUCUUCCAGUGCCAAAGCCAUGCCUGGAAAAGGGUUGCAGGCAAAUUCUGGAUCUACUGCAAGAAGUACAAGUGUUAAAAGUUUACAGGAGCUGUGCCGCAUGGAGUCAAAGGCAGGUAAUAGAAGCAGUGAGCACCAGCAAGGAGGCAUGAGGCCGGUAGCAUGUCCUCACAGUAACUCAAAUGCUGCAGUGCUGACGUCUAAAAACUUGGGGAUGGCAGAAUCAGUUUACAAAACCAAUCAGAAUAAAGAGAACCUCAGUGCUCGAAGUGUUACCAGUUCUCCAGUAGAGAAAAAAGAUAAAGAGACUGUAUUCCAAGUGAGUUACCCAUCUGCCUUUAGCAGGUUGAUUGCAUCAAGGCAAGUCAGUCCUCUGCUCACAUCUCAGUCUUGGUCUUCUAGCAGGAGCGUGUCUCCAAACCUUUUAAACAGAGCCUCCCCACUUGCUUUCAACGUUGCAAGCUCGAGCAGCGGAGCCGACUGCCUAGACCCAUAUGCAAAUGGUGCUGACAUUCAGGUCAGCAACAUAGACUACAGAUUAUCCCGGAAGGAGCUGCAGCAGCUCGUGCAUGAAGCAUUUUCUAGGCAUGGCAAGGUGAGGAGUGUUGAGCUCAGCCCCCAUACAGAUUAUCAGCUCAAGGCUGUUGUUCAGAUGGAAAACUUACAAGAAGCAAUCAGUGCAGUGAAUAGCCUCCACAGAUACAAAAUUGGUAGCAAGAAGAUCCUGGUCUCACUUGCCACAGGAGCUGCUAAUAAAUCACUGUCUUUACUGAGUGCAGAAACAAUAUCUAUUCUUCAGGAUGCUCCUGCCUGCUGUCUGCCUCUUUUUAAAUUUACAGAUAUCUAUGAAAAGAAGUUUGGACACAAGCUGAAUGUGUCAGAUCUAUAUAAAUUAACAGACACGGUCACAAUCCGUGAACAAGGAAAUGGACGUCUGGUGCGUCUCUUACCCAGCAGUCAAGCCCGCCAGAGCCCCUUGGGGUCUUCCCAGUCACAUGAUGGCUCCUCCACAAAUUGCAGCCCAAUUAUAUUUGAAGAGUUAGAAUAUCACGAGCCUGUCUGCAGACAGCAUUGUUCUGAUAAGGAUUUCAGUGAGCACGAAUUUGAUCCAGACUCUUACAAGAUUCCUUUUGUGAUUCUCUCUUUGAAGACAUUUGCGCCCCAGGUUCACAGUCUUCUCCAGACCCAUGAGGGCACUGUGCCUUUAUUAAGCUUUCCAGAUUGUUAUGCUGCAGAGUUUGGUGAUCUAGAAGUAGUGGAGGAAAACCAAGGGGGUGUUCCCUUAGAACACAUCAUCACCUGCGUUCCAGGUGUAAACAUUGCCACUGCUCAGAAUGGCAUCAAGGUAGUUAAAUGGAUUCACAACAAGCCCCCACCUCCCAACACAGACCCUUGGCUUCUGCGUUCUAAAAGCCCUGUAGGUAACCCCCAGCUGAUCCAGUUCAGUAGAGAAGUGAUCGACUUGUUGAAGAGCCAGCCAUCUUGUGUCAUACCAAUUAGUAAUUUCAUCCCAUCCUAUCACCAUCAUUUUGCAAAGCAGUGCCGAGUAUCAGACUACGGAUAUUCCAAGCUGAUUGAAUUAUUAGAAGCAGUGCCUCAUGUGUUGCAGAUUCUCGGAAUGGGUUCCAAACGUUUGCUGACGCUUACUCACAGGGCCCAGGUGAAGCGCUUUACUCAAGACUUACUGAAGCUCCUCAAAUCCCAGGCCAGCAAGCAGGUUAUUGCAAGAGAGUUCUCACAGGCCUAUCAUUGGUGUUUCUCAAAGGACUGGGAUGUCACCAAAUAUGGUGUUUGUGAGUUAAUUGAUAUUGUGUCAGAGAUUCCAGACACAACCAUCUGCUUGUCCCAACAAAAUAAUGAAAUGGUGAUUUGUAUCCCCAAAAGAGAACGUACUCAGGAUGAAAUAGAAAGGACAAAACAGUUCUCCAAGGAUGUUGUUGAUUUGCUGCGUCACCAACCCCACUUCCGGAUGCCCUUCAAUAAGUUCAUCCCCUCUUACCAUCACCACUUUGGCCGGCAGUGCAAACUCGCAUACUAUGGGUUUACCAAACUACUCGAACUUUUCGAAGCCAUACCUGAUAUUUUACAAGUGAGUGAAGAAAUUCUAAUAACAUAAGUAUUUUCCUGAACAAUGUAUAGGGAAAAUUUUUUCAUUUUCAGGACCUAUUUUCCUGGGAAGUAGGGAGUUACGAAAGAGGAUGAAAAUCUGAAAUAUUCCAAUCAGAGAAGCUAUGUUAUUGACUCAUUAAUAUUUUUAGGUAAAUGUGGUUUUUCCCCUUAAAUAAAGAAUUAUUCUCCAACCUUGGUUUAGGG